AUGAGCGGUACGGCGGACGUCGUGUGGACUUCCGGGACCGCGACCGCCGGGGCGACGCUCACCGCGGAGGAGGCGAAGUGGGAGCUCCCGAAGAAGCGCGCCGUGCCGCGGACGAAGGAGGAACGCGGGCCGAUCCUCAAGUUCACGGAGCUCGUCACGAAGGUGCGUUCUAUACACUGGUUCCCAUACGACCGCGUUGGCGUGGUGAACGCCGAUCCUUAA